AUGGGUGACCCUGGUCUGGUCUACCACACCACAGCACGCCAUGCAUGCACAUGCACCUGCAACUGGUCGGUGCAGAGGCGGACCAGACCAUGCACCUCGGGGCGACGCGCGUGGGACUCCAGAGCACGCAUCGUGCACAGGCGCGGGCGGCUGUCCGUGCUGGAUCGGUUCUGGAUCGUUCCUAUAGAAAAUCGAGUGCUCACCGCUCGAGAAACGCUUGAGUACGGUAUAGUUUUACCAAAAAGAAAAGCGCGCAGCUGGCAAGCGCACAUGGCCGCGGCGGAGGGCGCGGGCCGCUGCCGACUCCGCGGCAAGCGGUGCGGUGACCAUCUGGUUCUGCGGUGGGACGGGCAGCGCGAACCUGCAGCUACUUCAUGCCUCCAACUAGACGCCUUGUCACCACCAACCAUCAGACUUAUUUGCUGCUAUGAAUCCAUUACACUCAGAUCUGAAACAAGCAAGGGUAGAAGCAUGAGUGUGGUGACGGGGGCGCUGGGAAGCCUCGCCCCCAAGCUUGCGAAGCUGCUCCAUGACGAGUAUAAGCUCCAGAAGGGCGUGAAGAAGCAAGUGGAGUCGCUCUCCCGCGAGCUGGACAGCAUCUACGUUUUCCUCCACAAGGUCUCGGAUGUGCCAUGGGACCAGCUCGACGAGCAGGUCAAGUUGUGGGCGCGCGAGGUCAGGGAGGCAUCCUACGACAUGGAGGAUAUCAUCGACACCUUCCUCGUUCGCGUCGACGGCGGAAAGAACAACUCCGACUCCAGCAGACUCAAACUUGCCAUGACGAAGCUGGGUGAGCUGUUCAGCAAGGCCAAGGCUCGCCGUGAUAUUGCAGCAAAGAUCAUGGACAUAACAAAGCGUCUCGAGGAGGUAGCCAACAAUCGUCAGAAGUACAAAACGGAUGAGAUUAUGUGCAAGCCACUCGCAGCAACGUCAACUAUUGAUCCCCGCCUUAAAGCUAUGUACAAAGAAGUGACACAACUUAUUGGCGUCGACAAGUCAAGCGACGAGCUCAUGUCCAUGCUGAAUACAUCCCAACAGGAUCAUGAUGCCUCUGAUAAGAAGAUGAAGAUGGUUUCAGUUGUGGGAGUUGGAGGAUUGGGUAAAACCACUCUUGCCAAAGCGGUGUAUGACAAGCUUAAGUCGCAGUACGACUGCGGGGCUUUCGUUUCAAUCGGUCGGGAUCAUGACUUGGUAAAAGUUUUCAAGGAUAUUCUCUUUCAUCUUGACAGUGAAAACCAUAAGGACAUUCACAACACUGAGAGAGGCGUCAAGCUACUCAUUGACCAACUCCGAGAAUUCCUGAAGAAAAAGAGGUAUUUUAUUGUUAUUGAUGAUGUAUGGGAGGUACGCACCUGGGAAACAAUCGAACUAGCACUUGUUGAGAAUAAUCAUGGAAGUAAAGUAAUCACAACUACUCGUAAGUUUAAAGUUGCUAAAGAAGCUGGUGAGGUUUACAAGCUAAAGCCACUUUCCUUUGAUGACUCCAUGAAGUUGUUCUGUACAAGGUUAUCUAGUGCAGACAGAAAGUACCUUGAUAACCAUCCAAAUGAUGUUUCUGAGAAAAUUCUAAAGAAAUGUGCUGGUAUACCAUUAGCAAUCAUCACAAUGGCUAGUUUGUUGGCUGAUAAACCAGAAUGCGAAUGGUCAAUGGUCUACAACUCUAUUGGUUUUCAUACUACAGAUAACACGGAAGCUGAAGAUACUAUGACAAUACUUUCAUUUGGCUACUAUGAUCUGCCUCCACAUUUGAGGACAUGCUUACUAUAUCUAAGUACAUAUCCAGAAGAUUAUGAGAUCAAAAAGGAUUCUUUGAUAUGGAAGUGGAUAGCUGAAGGAUUUAUUGAUGGGAAACAGGGAACAAGAUUAUUUGAGCUUGGAGAAAGAUACUUCAAUGAUCUCAUUAAUAGAAGCUUGAUCCAGCCUGUGGAGAGCAAGUGGAAUGGCAGAGUAGAAUACUGUCGUGUUCAUGAUAUGGUUCUUGAUCUGAUGCGUAAGCUUUCAUCUGAUGAAAACUUUAUUACUAUAUUAGGUGACAAUGUUGAAGGAGCACCUGCACCAAGCAAUGUCCGUCGGUUAGCCCACCAAAACAGAAUAGCCGAGCACAUUAAUUCGGAAACAAUGGUUACUGGGAUGCCAAAAGUGAGGUCAUAUACCGCAUUCGACUGUUUUAUUGAUAGCCGGGACCAGUUUUUGAGAUUUAAACUUUUGCGCGUGCUGGAAAUAGUAGACUGCAGCUUUGAGAAAGGUUGCCACCUUGAGCAUCUUGGUGAUUUACUUCACUUGAGAUACCUUAGGAUAAGAUUCAACAGUAGUUCCCUUGAGCUCCCCAAACAACUAGGGAAUCUAAAGUUACUACAAACACUCGAUGUGGAGGGAACAUUGCCGGCAAGCAUUGUGCACCUAACAAAGCUAUUUAUUGGUCACAGUGAUAAGCCCAAGAGAUUUUUCAAGGAGCUUGCCAGCCUGCGAGAACUGAGGGUGCUCGUGUUCGUCACUAAAGGGGCGGACGAGAGCAUGCAGGGAGAUUUCGUGGAGUCUCUAAGCAAUCUGCAAAAGCUCCAGCAUAUAGAUGUGCAAGGUUUAGCUUGGCACGCAGGUACAGCCAUGUGGGAAGCAGCAGGCUUUGUGCUCCCAGAACCUCUCCGUUAUUUGCAAUGGUCUGAUAUUGAAUUUUCUAAAUUGCCGUCGUGCAUUAAUCCCACACGUCUUCCCAACCUGGCCCACUUGGCACUGCGGGUGACUACUAUGGAUGAGCAGGAUCUAAAACUCCUUGCUAGGUUACCGGCGCUCUGUUAUCUCAAGCUGACAAUGGAUGAGCAGUCCAAGGUAACAGCAAGCAAUAUUAACUCCAGUGAUCGCAGCUUGUUCCCGAAGUUGACGCACUUCGUUACCAAUGCAAUGGUGCAGUUUGAGCAGGCCAACAAGGAGGACACUAGCGUUUCAAUGCAUAUGUGGAUUGGAAAGGAUGGCAUACCCUUUGCCUCUAGAAAAAGAAAAGUUGUACCCUCUGGCGUGAUGCCAAAUCUUGAAAUGCUUGAGCUUUCUGAUGUCCGUUUGUGGGACCUAAAAGAUCACUACAUUGACUACUGUGAGAAUAUAGGCUUAGAGUACCUGCCUUCCCUUCGGGAACUCAGAGGGGAGAUCUCUCGUGGCAUGCCUGCUACGGAGAUGUAUGAAGCAUUGGAUGUACUGAGAGACGCAUGCAACUACCAUCCUAACCAUCCCACGUUUGCUAUGCAUGGAUCAUCAUAUUAA